ACAUAAUAAGUACUUCGAAUAUUAUUGAAUAUAUAUAUUCUCAAAUUCUAUUAGAAAUUGUGUAAUUAAGUUGGUAAGUGCAGUUUAUAGAAUUCGUUGCGAAAGUCACAGUCCACUGUACAAUAACGCAUCAGAGUUUCAAAAAGUUUGAAAAUUUAAAAUCAUGGAGAAACCUAUAGUUCGUGCAAGGGUAGUGAAAGUCCUCGGCAGAACAGGAUCCCAAGGACAAUGUACUCAAGUCAAAGUUGAAUUUUUGAACGAACAAAAUCGACAGUUAAUCAGAAAUGUAAAGGGUCCUGUACGUGAAGGAGACAUUCUAACACUCUUAGAAUCCGAAAGAGAAGCUAGACGGCUACGUUAAUGUAUACACUUUCUCGUCAAAAACUGAACAAAAGAUAUACUGGAUCUCCCCAGGUAUUAUGAACAGAAGCUUAUUGAUAUUUGUUUUAAAACUACAAUCGAAUUCCUAUUUUCUUAUAUGUAUACAUAUAUCUUUAACAAAAAAGCUAUAUUCACGCAUACCAUUGAUGGAAACAGCAUGUAAGUACUAUCAUUGUUCCAGCGUAAUUAAAACAUAUUAAAAUUUAAGAAAUGAACUGUGUUUAUUAUUAUAUCCU